AUGAGAGUACGUCAACAUUGCCGACCUUUUCAACUGCUUGCUUCCCUUCUAUGUUGGCUACUAGCGUUCGUAGCAGCUAAUAAGGAGAAGAUAAACCAAAAUGAUUACCAAGUGUGUGCAGGUAUGUAUUCCAAAGAGGAUUGGAAGGGUAAAGUAGAUCCAUUUAUAUCGUUCAACGUCAAGAAAAUUAGCGAGCCAAUUGACGAAUCUGAUGCUGGUAUUGUCGUUGCGAUUUACGAUUUUCAAGAUUUCGAGCACUUGGGUGUAGAAUUGCCUGAUGGAGAACAGUACUAUAUCUGUGAUGAUUAUGCUAUUGACAUCGGAAUCUGUGAAGAAGAGCAUCGUGAUGAGUUUAUUGUCCAAGAAGUUGUUUACGAUCCAUAUACUUCCACGAAUAAAUCUCUCGCUAAUCCCAUCAUGACGUUUUCUAAAAACGACGUAGGUUUGCACGAUACUAAAUACCCGGUGACGAAAACUGGAUUUUACUGUGUUACUGCAUUCAGAUCAUCGAAAAGUACCAAAUUUAAUGCUGUGGUAAACUUCAGAAACGCUUAUGGUCACCUUGCAGGUACUGAGAUCAAUAAACUACCGCUAUAUGGUCUUUUGGCUGUCGCAUAUGUUGUAGCUAUGGCGUUAUAUUCAUUUGCCUUCUGGAAACACAAGCAUGAAUUGCUACCAUUGCAAAAGUAUUUGUUGGCCUUUUUCGUGUUUUUAACUGCAGAAACCAUUUUCGUCUGGGCAUAUUAUGAUUUGAAAAACGAAAAGGGUAAUACUGCCGGAAUUAAAGUUUAUAUGGUGUUCCUAUCAAUAUUGACAGCUGGUAAAGUCACAUUUUCAUUUUUUCUUCUACUGAUCAUUGCUCUGGGUUACGGUAUUGUUUACCCUAAAUUAAACAAGACUUUAAUGAGGCGUUGUCAAGUGUAUGCUGCAGUGACCUAUGCAAUUUGUAUCGGAUUUUUGAUUCAAAGUUAUUUGAGCAAUAUGCAAGCACCAUCUGCAUUGAUCUUAAUUACUUUGAUUCCAAUGGCGCUUGCUUUGGCUGUAUUUUACUACAUGAUUAUCAGCUCCAUGACAAAAACUUUAAUUUAUUUGAAAGAACAAAGACAGAUUGUGAAAUUGAACAUGUACAAGAGGUUACUCUUCAUCAUUUACGCUUCCUUCUUAAGUGUUUUAGCCGGCAGUAUAGUUUCAUCAUUUAUUUACAUUGGCAUGAACACCAUUGAUAUGAUUGAAAAGAACUGGAGAUCAAGAUUCUUCAUUACUGAUUUCUGGCCUACGUUAGUAUAUUUCAUUGUUUUUGUUACCAUUGCCUUCUUGUGGAGACCAACAGACACCUCAUACAUGCUAGCCGCAUCCCAACAACUACCUACAGACCCAGAAAACGUUGCGGACUUUGACUUGGGCGAUUUACAAUCGUUCGACGACCAAGAUGAUGCCAGCAUCAUCACUGGUGAGCAUGGUAUGGACGAAGAUGACCUGAAUUUGAAUUUCACUGAUGAUGAAGAAGGACGUGAUAAUGUAAAUAACCAUGGUCUAGGCCAUAAAACAUCGCCUACUUCUCCAAGAAAAUAA